UACAAUAAUGGCUUUUAACAUUAAUUUAUGUUCCUGAUAUGAUGACAUAUGCAUCAUACCUUAAUUCUAGGAUACAAUAUUAAUUCAAAGAUGAAGAAAGCUCUUGUUGCACUAUGUCUUUUGUGUCUUUUUCUGUCAGUAAAUGGCAAUGGAGCUGCUGGUGGAGCAAUUUUUCUCGGUGUACUGGUUAUGAUAGAGACAUUUGUGAUCAUAGGAUUGCUUGUAUCAGUGACUGUUAUUUUGUAUUUCAUUAUGAUGAAAAACAAAAAUGAACCAGAUUCUGUUCUUGCUUCUCAUAAGCAACAAGCUCCUCCCAAACCACCUAAAGUUGCACCAUCAACAACAAUUGAUGAUCAAGUAGCUCAUGUAGACCAUUCUACUAACUGGGCUGAGAGAUGCACCUCUUCCCCAAUGAAACAAGCUCCCCCCAAGCCACUCAGAACACCAUCAACAAUGAUUGAUAAUGAGGUUCCUCGCUCUGUUAUAGAACAAUCUCCUGUUGAACCACAAGAAGGUGCUACUACAUGCCCUGAUAUUGAUCAUACUGCUUCAUCCUCUUAUGUACAUCAUCAGAAAUCUAAUGACAGCAAUAACAUUCUGCUGUAACCCAUGGCCGACACAUUGAGGGAAGAGACUCUAGUAUUAAUUAUAAGUUCCACUAUAGUAUAAACUAUCUGAACCCAUGGUAGAGAAACACUGUUUUAAUUCUUUCUCUUCUCUUAAUUUGUGUCUUAUUACUGAAUUUCUUAGUAA